AUGGAGGGCAGCGGGAGCGGCUGGCCAGGGAGGGACGUGACCCCCGGGGGGCUCGUGCUCGAGGUCGCCGUUCAGAACGAUUUGGCCAAUCAGAGCUACCCGUUCGCGGACGUGGCUCUGCUACAGUCCUUCAAACCGCUCAUCGUCCCUUGUUACAUACUGGUCGUACUGGUGGGCGUGUUCGGCAACUACCUGCUGCUGUACGUCAUCUGCCGCACGCGCAAGAUGCACAACGUCACCAACUUCUUCAUCGGGAACUUGGCCUUCUCCGACAUGCUGAUGUGUGUGACGUGUGUACCCUUCACGCUGGCCUACGCCUUUAACCCUCGCGGCUGGGUCUUCGGCCGAUUCAUGUGCUACCUCGUGUUCCUCAUCCAGCCCGUCACCGUCUACGUGUCCGUCUUCACCCUCACCGCCAUCGCGGUCGACAGGUACUAUGCCACCGUGCACCCUCUGAAGAGGCGCAUUUCCGUGACCACGUGCGCCUACGUGAUGGCCGGGAUCUGGCUCCUGUCCUGCGCCCUGGUGGCUCCCGCGGUGGCUCACACGUACCACGUGGAGUUCCAGGAGGAGGGCCUGACCAUCUGCGAGGAGUUCUGGCUGGGCCAGGAGACCCAGCGGCUGGCCUACGCCUACAGCACCCUGCUGGUCACGUACAUCCUGCCUCUGUCUGCCGUCUGCGUCUCCUACCUCUGCAUCUCCGUCAAGCUGCGCAACUGCGUGGCCCCGGGCCACCGCACGCGGGACCAGGCCGAGGCCCAGCGGGCGCGCAAGCGUAAGAUCUUCCGUCUGGUGGCUCUGGUGGUGGCCGCGUUCGGGAUCUGCUGGCUGCCCAUCCACGUCUUUAACGUGCUGCGGGACAUAGACAUCCGGCUCAUUAACAAACGCCACUUCCUGCUCAUCCAGCUCCUGUGUCACCUCUGCGCCAUGAGCUCGUCCUGCUGCAACCCCUUCCUCUACGCCUGGCUGCACGACCGCUUCCGCGCCGAGCUCCGCAAAAUGUUCGCCUGCCGUCGGCGCGUGGGCGUCACCGCCAACCACUGUGCCACGGCCAGCGUGGUGCUGUAG